AUGGAAGAGCUUUCAACAACCAGCAACAGGAGGGAGAAACUGUCGAAGCCUCUUCUACCCGAGGACAUUCCAAGAAUGGUUACUGGGCCCCAGCUUAAGAUCCCUGAGAGGAGUGUCGAGGAGUUCCAGGACAUUUUGGACAUGGAGCCGAAGGAAGGGCUUUUUUUUUACAUAAGGAUUCCAGGGCUGAUUUUCGUCGGGUCUGUCGCAGGAUAUAUAAUAGGAAAGACAGGCCUCAGUGUUGUCAACCUGUUCUUUGUUGGAUAUGUGAUUUUCUUUGUCUACAAUCGGAAGAUUGAGAGGUUUACCAGAAGCCUCAAAUCAUUGGUAUACCACAGCGCAAGGCAGGAGAAGGCCAGGAACAACGGAGAAACUGUUGAAUGGCUGAACUACAUUGUUAAGAAGUUCUGGGAGGUUGGAGAGCCCGUUAUAUCUGCACAGGUGUACCAGCAGGUCAACAACGAGCUUCUCAAGGUUACGCCACCCUUUCUCAACGGGUUAAGGCUGACGGAGUUUACUCUUGGAAGUCGCUCACCGUUUAUAGAGGGGAUAUCAUACAUCAGCAUGGACGGAAACACCCUCGCAAUUGAGAUAGAUGUUGCGUUUGUACCGUUGGAGAUAAGCAGGGAUGUGGUCAAUUAUCUGGAGAACGACAGCAAGAACUGGAACUCGAAGAUCCAGCUAUCUGCCAGGGUUGGGACAAGAAAUGGAAUAGGAAUCAAUCUCCCGAUUCUUGUCAAGGAGCUGUUUUUCAAGGGGAGAGUCAGGGUUGUUGCAAAUUUGUUCUCCAAGAACGUGUUCAUCAAAGACGUGGAGGUGUGCCUGAUGGACAGCCCUGAGUUUGACUUCACCCUUGUUCCGCUGAAGAUGGUGGACAUAAUGGACGUUCCUGGGCUCAGCAGAUGGAUAAGGGGCAUAAUCAACUCAACCUUAGCAACGACUAUUGUCAACCCAAGCUCGAUCACAAUUGAUGUUGACCAUAUUUCGAAGGACAAGGGAAAAACAAUUGGUGUUGUGUGUCUCCAGAUACUUAGCCUCGAGAACGAGGACGAGGAAAGGCUGACUGUUGAGAUUGAUAUAGACGGCAGGGUUGAAUAUCAGACCAGAUAUGGAGGAGGAAAGGAGAUAGUCUACAACGAGCACUUCUACAUUCCCAUUGAGAAUGUCGACUCAAGGAUUGGGUUGUCUCUGAGAAGCGAGUCAAGAAAAACCAGAAGAAGAAACGGGUCGAUAUUUCUGAAAAACCUCCCGCUGGACAGGAUUGAGGAAUCUGUAAAGAACGAGCUGUACGAGCCCAAAAGAACCUUCUUCAACAAAGCAAGGCUGGUUAAGGACGAGCAGACGUAUUCCUUCAUAAACACAAACCUGCAGUUCUAUCCCAUACAGAAGGAAAGAAGCAAUAGUGGCAUAGUGAAGAUGGCCUUGAUAGGCAUUGAGGAUCUCCGGGGAAACAAGGCGUCGAAGGCAUAUACAUAUUCGACGUUCUGCACGGUAAUUGUGUCGCCCAUCAACCGGGAGGAGGCUAGCAUUCCAACAGGCUUUAUUGAGAAUACAGUCAGUGUGACGGCAAUGAUGGUGAGUGGAAUCAUCAACACAACUGGGAGUGUCAUCACAAAUAUUAUUCCUGGGCUUGAGACAACGACUACAAGGCUUCUCCCUUCAUCAAAGAACACUUUCUAUGUGUUUGAGUCGAAGAGAAUAUUUGGGACCAACUCUCCGAUCUACAACGAAAGCUUCACGUUCUUCUGCAGAGACAUCCAGGCUGACGUUGUAUCGAUAUGCGUAAUGAACGACAAAACCAAUGAGGUGAUAGGAAGGGUGUCUAUUCCUGUAAGAGACAUCCACUUCAACAAGAAGGAGAAGUAUAAGCUCAACGAUGCCCACAGUGGCAGGAUGGAGCUUUCGUUUACAAUUGAUUAUGUGGACAUGGUUGACAAGGUAACUAGAUUUAUAAACUACGAGAGGAUGUUAAAGAUUUCUGUCGACUCGAUGAAUGAAAAGGGGGUGUACUAUGCAAUAUUUGAGACAAGCACUGACUGCUUCAGGAUGGAGACAUUCACAUCUGCCCUGCCGAUAAAAAGGACGGUUUAUGUUCCUGUCCAGGCGCAGGACACCUUGAAGUUUCGGCUGUACAAGGAAACGAUAAACGGCGAUGUGUUUAUCGGAGAGGACAGAAUAAGCUGCAGGCCCUGUGAUGGGCUCAGAAAGGAGGCCUUUCUACUUGACGAGCAGAUAAGCCUGACGCUUAGCAUUGAGGAGGAGGCUCUCCGGGAUUAUUCGGGAGCGCCUGAGGACAAGGGCAAUGUCAAGGUAAUCCAGGCGAAGUUCGGAAGGUUCUAUGGACACAGCCAGGAAAUGUUUUUUGAGUUUAGUAACAAGUACGGGAUGAUCGGAGCCUCUGGAUUCACCAGGAGUGGAAAGCUCAAUGAUACAUUCACAUUUAUUUCUGGGUGCGAGGAGAUAUAUGCUGUUGUGAAGAGCGGCAACCAAAUGACCAACUCGACGCUGGGCCAAUGUGUAGUUCCCAAGAGAGCCUUGAAUGAAAGGGUCGUGCUGAAUGAGCACGGAUUGUCUGUUGACAUGGAGGUGAAGAUUCAGGGGUGCUCAUACAAGCCAACUUCGAUGCUGAAGGCCGGAUAUCUUGAGGUGUACAUAAAAAAUGGAAGCAAUAUCCGGUCAGUAACACAGAACCCGAUCGACACAUACUGCAAGAUCCUGGUCAAUGAGACCAAGGUAUACACUACCAAGCCUGUACGCAGGAACAGCCAUCCAGUCUUCAAUGAGUCGUUUAUUAUGGAGAUAGACAAGACAAAAGACAUAUUUGGAGUACAGAUAUGUGACUACAAUGUCUCUGAGAGGAAUGCACUUCUGUACUACACGGAGUUUUCACUACACAAUCUAUCCGAGGGAUUCAGCGAGAUGGAGUUUGGCCUCUUCGAUGGAAAGACUUUCCAGUCGGUCGACUCCACGAUCAGAAUUGGAUUCAACUUCUGCGCAGACCAUAAGAGCUUGAAGAUCAGGAAGAGGGGAAUUCUGAGUGAUUUCUUUGGAUUCUGA